UUCUCUUCCCUCCGCUAUCUCUCUCUCCGAAUAUUAACUGCCAAAACCAACCCCUCCAUCUCCUUCUCCUUCCCUUUCUUCAUUUCCCUGCAUUUUCUCUCCCUAUAUCAAAAUUCAAAACCUGAAAUAUAAUCUCCACAGGCAAAACAGCCCCUGUAAGCAUCAUCAUCGAGCAUUCAAAAGAUGCCGGCCACCGACAACCAGGGUUCAUUCUUGAACCGCAUCAGCAUCCGCCGCAACCAGGUUGCCGACCCCAACCUCGAGCUCGAAGACCUCGAACUCUUCCAAAAACACGUAGCUGAUCGUUUGUCCGACCUCCUCCCCGUCCCCACCCCCACCCCCUGCCCCCCAUCCUCCACUUCCGUGGAUUCUCCAUCCGCUGACCACGGCCCACCACCGCCCCCACCCAUGCUCUCCAUCUCCUGGUUUCGCAAGCUCCUCGACGUUUUUCUCUGUUGCGAGGCGGAGUUCAAAGCCGUUCUCAUCAUGGGUCGUGAUCCUUCCCAAUUCUGCAAGCCUCCUCUCGACAAACUCAUCCCUGAUCUUUUAGACAGGGCCAUAAAGGCCCUUGACGUCUGCAACGCCGUCACUCACGGCAUCGAGCUCCUCCGUCACUGGCAAAGCCUCGCUCAGAUUGCCGUCACCGCCCUCGAGCAACGUCCCAUUGGAGAAGGCCAGGUCAGACGCGCCAAAAGGGCUCUCUCGACUCUCCUCACUUCCAUGGCCUUUGAUGACAAAGAAAGCAAUAACAGCAGCAGUCACAAAGCCACGGAGCGUGCUUGGUCUUUUGGUCGCCGUGGUGGUGGUGGCGCCGCUGCAAAUUACGGUCAUAACCCCAAGGAUAAAACUGCCGGGACUUUCCGGUCGCUGUCUUGGUCCGUGGCUAAGUCUUGGUCCUCUGCCAAACAGAUCCAAGCCAUGUCCUCUAAUCUGGUGCCGCCACGUGGGGCGGAGGCAGCUGGGCUGGCGCUUCCGGUAUAUAUUAUGAGUGCGGUUUUGGUUUUCGUGAUGUGGUCUCUGGUGGCCGCGGUCCCUUGUCAGGAGAGGACUGGGCUGGCCACCCAUUUGCCCGUGCCCAGGCAAUUGGUCUGGGCUCAGCCGUUGAUUGGGCUUCAGGAGAAAAUUGGAGAGGAAUGGAAGAAAAAGGAGAAGAAAGGCACUGCUGGAUUGUUGGAGGAGAUGCAGAGGAUGGAGAAGGUUGCGCUGAGCCUGGUUGAAUUUGCUGAUUCUUUUCAGUUUCCGUUGGAGGAUGCAAAGGUGGAGGAGGUGGCGGUGCAGGUAGCGGAGAUGGCAGACAUUUGCCUUAAAAUGGAGGAGGGAUUGGUGCCACUUCAGCAACAGGUUAGAGAGGUGUUUCAUCGGAUUGUGAGGAGCAGAGCUGAGGUUCUUGAUGUUAUUGAUCAAGUUGGUAAAAUGUCCACACCAGUUCCAUGUUGAGAGUGUAGGCAGGCACGUUUCAAUUGAGAUUUGAGCGUGUUUAGUAGAUUCAAAUGUUCUUCCCCAGUUGAAUAUGUAAAUGUUUGUUGGUUCCCCGUUGAUCAUGAAAAGGUUUGAUACUAGUUUUUUUUUCUUGAAAAGGUUAGCUGAUUCUGGUUGAAGUGCUAGUACCAUACUGAUUGAUCCCAAUAUUUGACUCUUCAGCCCUGACUGGGGCCUUGAUGCUCUUGCUGCCACCUCCAACUUUUUGGUUCUUUUGGUGGUGAAGUGAAUCAUCCGAUUAAUUGUUUUUAGAUACUAUUAAUGCAAGAAUAUUUCUUGUACUA